GGCUCGAAAAAAAGUACACGCCGGAAAAGCCACAAAGCAAAAGGCACGAUGACCGAGGCGGCACGGUCAAUCCAAAAGUGGACGCCGGAGGAGAGUGCUUAUUGACGUCGGCUUGGGUUGACGUCUCCGAUCAUCCUAUCAUUGGUAAAAAUUAUAUGUUUUCUAAUAUAUUUAUGUUUUUGUUUAUAUAAAAUUAUAUUUAAUUGUGUUAUAAAAAAAUUUUCGUUUUAUACUUUUUUAAAGGUUCGGAGCAAACGAAGGAUGCGAUGUGGGAUCGUAUCGAGGAGAAGUUCUUCACGGCGACGAACAAGGACGGCUUCUACCGUACCCGGGACCAACUCACUUCCAAAUGGGGCCACAUCAACCGUAAAGUCCGAAAGUUUAUUGGAGUUUACGAGGAAUGCGCCCGAUCCCGGAGGAGCGGGACGAACGACGCCGAUGUUCUCCGGCUUGCCACGACCCGGUAUCAAGAUGACUGGCACCAAGGCAAGGUGCCCAUCGAUCUUUGGAGGAUUUUGAGCCGUUCCCCGAAGUGGCAACAACUCAACAAUUCCGACGGAGGAUCGUCAAAGAAAAGAUCCUCCGUCGACGCCGAGGUUGAGGUCGACGAGACUAUCAAUUCGUCCGAUCAAAUCCCUCCCUUCAACGUUGCGGAUUCCGAUGAUGAGGACCCCAUUCCACGGCCGAUCGGAAUAAAGAAGGCAAAAUCCAUUGCCUUGGGUUCGGGAGGGUCCGGCUCUGCUUCCGUUUCUUCUCGCCACGAAAUCGGUCGGGCAAUGGUUGAACAACUUCAAGUGUUCAAUCUUCGAGAAGAAGAGAGGUUGAAGCUAAAAGAGAAGGAGUUGAAGCGAAAGGAGCAAGACGGCGAGAUUAAAAUCAUGAGAACCGACCUUUCUACGUUGUCGGGUUUCAAACGGAUGAUCUACGAGCAAAGACAAAGAGAGAUCAAGGCGAAAUAUAAUUUACCUUAGUUUUUUUAUUAAUGUAUCUUUUUUAUUAUUGUCGUUUAUUUUUAUUUCUCGAAUGUAAUUUUUAAAAUUUUAAAUUAUUGUCGUUUCAAUUUCUUUAAAUUUAAUGAAUGUAUUUUUUAGUAUUUGUGUUUCAAUAUAAUAAAAUACUACCUCCGUC